AGCAUAACACCAUUGUCGAAAUGGCACCGAAAGCAAGUGGAAAAGCAGUCAAAAAAGCUGGCAAGGCAACGAAGGCCAUUGUGAAGGGAGACAAGAAAAAACGUAAGCAACGGCGUAAGGAGAGCUAUGCUAUCUACAUCUAUAAGGUGUUGAAGCAAGUUCACCCAGACACCGGAGUUUCCUCGAAGGCCAUGAGCAUCAUGAACAGCUUCGUUAACGACAUCUUCGAACGCAUUGCAUCAGAAGCUUCUCGUCUUGCUCAUUACAACAAGCGCUCUACGAUCACUUCCCGCGAGAUACAGACUGCCGUUCGUCUUUUGCUGCCGGGAGAGUUGGCCAAACACGCUGUCUCGGAGGGCACCAAAGCUGUCACUAAGUAUACUAGCUCCAAGUAAACUCAUCUAAUCGCAGCAUCGGAACAAUCGGCCCUUUUCAGGGCCACCAACUCUUUGCUAAAGAAUCAAACUAGAUUUUC